GGAACAUUAGAGUUUUUGAUUACGGGAUAGAUAGCUACAAUGAAUAAACUCAAGUUGGAAUUGUGGGGGGUCAAGAUUGAUCUUAAGCUCUUGGGAGAUCUCUUUUUCCUUACGGGAGCAGGACUCUCAAUGUAUUAUAUGUUGAAUCACCUUCUUAACGACUCUAUUGAUAACUCUGUUAAAACCAAAGAAGCUAAGAAGAAAGGAGCCACUGUUUUGAAGAAAAUACAGCAAGUGAAUCCAGACUUGAAGAAUUUGGUUUUCAAUGAAUAUGAGAAAUCAUUGCUUAAUUCAUUAGUAACACCCGAGGAUAUAAACGUUACAUUUGAAGAUAUUGGAGGGAUGCAAGAAGUUAUUGAUGAAUUACAUGAAGCAGUCAUUUUACCAUUAACCGAACCAGACUUGUUUUCUGCCCAUUCUAGUUUGGUCCAAUCACCAAAAGGGGUAUUGUUUUAUGGACCUCCGGGUUGUGGUAAGACCAUGUUGGCAAAAGCCAUUGCUAAGGAAAGUGGAGCCUUUUUCUUGCUGAUAAGAAUGUCUACUAUAAUGGACAAAUGGUAUGGGGAAUCCAAUAAGAUUGUCGAUGCCAUUUUUUCCUUAGCAAACAAAUUACAACCUUGUAUUAUAUUUAUUGAUGAAAUUGAUUCCUUUUUAAGAGAUCGUUCUUCGAGCGAUCAUGAGGUCAGUUCAAUGUUGAAAGCUGAAUUCAUGACUCUAUGGGACGGGUUGGUCUCCAAUGGUAGAAUAAUGGUGAUGGGUGCUACUAAUAGACAACACGAUAUCGAUGCUGCUUUCAUGAGAAGACUCCCUAAGAAAUUCUCAAUUGGUAGACCAACUUCGGUACAAAGAAGAUCCAUAUUGAGAAAAAUCUUGGUGGACGCUAAACUCGACGAAAACGACUUCGACUUGGAAGCCAUCGUGGCCGAUACUGAAGGCUCUAGUGGUUCAGACUUGCGUGAACUUUGCAGAGAAGCUGCUCUCAAAUCCAUGAAGGAAUAUAUUAGAGAAAAUUAUAAAGGUGGGAAGAAAGUCACUACAAACAUGGAUCCAAAUCAAGUCAGACCUUUGAAAACUACCGAUUUCUUGAAACAUCCUGAUUCCUUCAUUCCUUCGGCAAACAUUGAUUAGAUUUCUCUUCUGUAUAUUUGUAUAUUAAUGUCCUUUCGACCCUAGUUCAUUAUGUAGUCACAGUUUACUGUUACCCGCACGAUUUCGG